UUCAUGUUUUUUAUAUUCCGCAGAAGCAAGCAAGGUUUGGAACGAACAUGAGGGCGAAUAAAUGAUGACAGGAUUUUAAUAUUUUGGUGAUUGAAAUGCUUUCAAUCAUGUCUCAUCAUUGCCCCCUUCUGGUCAAAACACGUUACUUCAGCAAAAGAACUUCGGGCAUAAAUUUACAUCUUGUACAUAUUUAAAAUGAAUGGUGACAAAAAGGUAACACUUAGCAUGGGGGAGCUUUUUGAUCCUAGUGACUUGGAUGACUUAUACAAUUACAGCUACAAUUACAACUACAUCCCGAAUGGUGAAGGAACUGUGUGUGGUCAGGAGUCUAGCAUGCACUUUGAUUCCAUUUUUAUUCCGGUCCUUUACUCUCUGGCGCUGGUAGUGGGGCUGGUUGGAAAUGGGCUGGUUCUGGUGGUACUGUGGAAGAAGAGAACGAGCUUGAAUGUUACCGACACCUUCAUCCUCCAUCUGAGUUUAGCAGACAUUCUGCUGCUGCUAACGUUGCCCUUCUGGGCUGUAGAGACAGUUAAGGGGUGGAUCUUCGGCACAGCACUCUGCAAGCUGACUGGAGCUCUGUUCAAGAUCAAUUUCUACUGUGGUAUUUUCAUGCUUUCCUGCAUCAGUCUUGACCGCUACCUGUCCAUCGUCCAUGCAGUGCAGAUGUAUUCUCGUAAAAAGCCAAUGGUGACUCACUGUUGCUGCCUGAUGGUCUGGCUCUUCUGCCUUCUGCUCACAAUUCCUGACUGGAUAUUCCUUGUGGCCACUGAGGACAACAGACGGCAGGAUAAAACAGAAUGUGUUUUGUUUUACCCGUCUGAUUCUUGGCAUCUGCCCACUCGCCUGCUCUACCAUAUUUUGGGUUUCAUUCUUCCAGCACUAAUAAUGCUGUUCUGUUAUUAUCACAUCCUGAAGAGGCUGCAGCAUGGCUCUCAGUGCAUGCAGAAAAAGAGGGCCAUCCGUGUCAUUGUAACCCUGGUACUGGCCUUCUUUAUCAGCUGGACGCCAUACAACAUCACUCUCAUCGUUGACACCAUACAAAGCAAUAAGACCAUCAAUCUCAGUAAUCAAACAUCCUGUGAAAGUGCCACAGCAUUAGAUGUAGCUCUCACAGCUACAUCCACAUUGGGCUACUUACACUGCUGUGUCAAUCCAGUGCUUUACGCUUUCGUGGGGGUGAAAUUUCGCCAACACCUGCUGGACAUGCUGAAACCGCUGGGCUUCACGCUGAUGGGACCAGCGGUUCUGUCACGGAGGAGCUCUUUAUGGUCAGAGUCAGUGGACACCUCACACACGUCUGCUUUUUGAAAUAUCAUAUGCCAUCAAACUCAUACAGGUAUAUGUACAAUCAGUCAGCAUGUCGUCUUUUUAGCAUGCAAACUUUAACAUCUGUAUCAGUCAGAGGAGUUUGGCUUUAUGUACACAAGCGUUGCCAUUCACACCAAGGACGAUAACUAUAACAAUAACUAGUCUUAAUAAUCAUUAUAAUUGUAUGAGAAUAUGGAAGUCCACAUCACAACUAUAACAAUACCAUUAUAUAGAGGAACAAUUUCGUUGGAAUGAGAAAAAACAUUGACAGCCAAUCAGAAUUCAUGCAACUUUAAAGAGCUCGAGCAUUUAAACCUGCAGAUGACAAAACUGUGGUGUACGUUUAUGAUAGGGCUGGGCAAAAAAAAUACUGACGAGAUGCGCAUGAAAAUCGCAUUCGAUAUUUUGCACAGCCCUAGUUUAUGAUAAACAAACUAUAUCUUUCGUUGGUGUGGACACUAAUAUUUAGCUUCAUAGUUAUCUUUAUAGUUAUCGUUCUUGGGGUGAACAGGUCUCCAUCUCCGUUACCAUCUCACUCAAAAAUGACCAAAGUGUUUCU